UCUCUCUCCUCUGUUCUAACUCCAACUCCAUCCUCAACAAUGGAGUUCGGCAAAUUCUGUGCUUUCCUUUUCCACUUCUUCACAAUUCUUUUACUAAACAGAGCUUCUGCUCAACAAGAAGCCUCUGUUAAUGGCGCUUCUCAGAAAGCAGCAUUGCUUUCGUUCAAAAACGCCAUCGUUUCUGACCCACAGAACUAUCUCAAGGACUGGGAAUCUUCUUCAACGCUUCAUUUCUGCAAUUGGGCUGGCAUUAACUGCAAUAAUUCAACCCAAGAAAUCGAAAAGCUCGAUCUCAGCGAUAAAUCCCUCAAAGGGACAAUUUCUCCAUCUCUUUCUUAUCUCUCUUCCUUAACCAUUCUCGACCUCUCUAGAAACUGGUUCGAAGGUUCAAUCCCAAUGGAGUUGGGGUUUCUUGUUAAUCUUCAACAACUCAGCUUGUCAUGGAACCACCUCCAUGGAAAAAUCCCCACAGAGCUUGGAUUUCUUCAGAAAUUGGCGUUUCUCGAUCUGGGUAGCAACAAACUUGAAGGGGAAAUUCCUCAGAUGCUGUUCUGUAAUGGGUCGAAUUUGUGUUUGAAAUACAUAGAUUUGUCGAACAAUUCAUUAGGCGGCGAAAUCCCUGUAAGAAAUGAAUGUCAUUUGCCAGAGUUGAUGUAUCUGUUGCUUUGGUCAAACAAAUUGGUGGGACAGGUUCCUGCGGCGCUUUCGAACUCCGCCCAAUUGAAAUGGCUGGAUUUGGGGUCAAAUAAGCUCAGCGGCGAGUUGCCUUCUGAAAUUGUUGCCAAAAUGCCAUUGCUGCAGUACCUUUACUUGUCUGACAAUGAGUUCAUUAGCCAUGAUGGUAACUCAAAUCUCCAACCCUUUUUUGCUUCUUUGAUGAAUUCUUCAAAGCUUCGAGAGCUUGAGUUAGCUGGAAACCGUCUUGGUGGAGAGAUUCCUUCCAUUAUCGGUGAUCUUCAUGUCAAUCUCUCACAGCUUCAUUUGGAUGGCAAUCUUAUCUAUGGCGCAAUCCCUCCUUCCAUUUCAAACCUUAAAAAUCUUACCCUUUUGAACUUGUCUAGUAACCUUCUUAAUGGAACGAUACCUUCUGAGCUUUCCAGAUUGAGGAAUCUCGAGAGGUUUUAUCUCUCAAACAAUUCAAUUUCUGGUGAAAUCCCAUCUUCCCUUGGCGAAAUUCCUCGUCUGGGUCUUCUUGAUUUGUCUCGAAACAACCUCUCUGGCUCUAUUCCUGAGGCUUUGGCUAAUCUUUCCCAGUUGAGAGAAUUGGUUCUUUAUAGAAACAGUCUCUCAGGAACAAUCCCAUCAAGCUUGGGGAAAUGCAUCAACUUGGAGAUUUUGGACCUUUCUAGCAACCAAAUUUCAGGGGCUAUUCCUAGUGAAGUUGCAGGAUUAAGGAGCUUGAAAUUGUAUUUGAACCUCUCAAGCAACCAUUUACAAGGGCCGUUGCCAUUGGAGCUCACCAAAAUGGACAUGAUCCUUGCAAUCGACUUGUCCUCCAACAAUCUCUCAGGUUCAAUUCCAUCUCAGCUUGAGAACUGUAUUGCACUAGAAAUCCUCAAUCUAUCAGGCAAUUCCUUCGAUGGGCCUUUGCCGAUUUCAAUUGGGGAACUCUCGUAUCUCCGAACAUUUGAUGUUUCUUUCAAUCAGUUAACUGGAAACAUCCCAGACAGUCUUCAAACAUCUUCAACUCUCAAACAGCUCAACUUCUCCUUCAACAAAUUUUCAGGGAAAAUCCCAAACGAUGGAGUGUUUUCAUGGCUGACAAUCUCAUCGUUCCUUGGAAACAAUGAUCUGUGUGGCUCAAUCAAAGGCUUACCGAAAUGCAGAGAGAAGCACAAGCGGCAUAUCCUCUCAAUUUUGAUGUCUUCAUCAGCAGCUUUGGUGUUCUGCAUGAUUGGGGUUUCAUUAGCAGCUCUAAGAUCCAAACUGAGGAAACGUUUCCCAGUUUUCAACAAAAGGGAUUUGGAAGAAGGUGAAGAAGAAGAAGAAGAAGAAGAAGAAGAAGCAGAGAGAAAAGAAAGAAAGUACCCAAGAAUCUCAUACGGACAACUUGUGGAAGCCACUGGUGGGUUCAGCUCUUCCAGCUUAAUCGGCUCCGGAAGAUUUGGAGAUGUGUACAAGGGAAUUCUAGCAAACAACACCAAAAUCGCAGUGAAAGUUUUGAAUCCAAUUAGAACAACAGGGGAAAUCACAGGGAGUUUCAAAAGAGAAUGCCAAGUUUUGAAAAGAACAAGACAUAGGAAUUUGAUGAAGAUCAUAACAACAUGUAGUAGGCCAGAUUUCAAGGCUUUGGUUCUUCCAUUGAUGUCAAAUGGGAGCUUGGAAAGCCAUAUGUAUCCAAGGCAGGGACAAGAGCAAGAACCCAGUUGGUGCAAGAUUGAUUUGGUUCAAGUGGUGAGCAUUUGCAGCGAUGUGGCUGAAGGAGUGGCGUAUUUACACCAUCAUUCGCCGGUGAAAGUGGUGCAUUGUGAUCUUAAACCAAGCAACAUUCUCCUUGAUGCAGACAUGACUGCUUUAGUCACUGAUUUUGGAAUUUCCAAAUUGGUGAGCGGUGGAGACGAUCAAAAUGAUUCGGCUUCUUUCAGUUCAACUCAUGGCUUGCUCUGUGGAUCCGUUGGUUACAUCGCUCCUGAAUAUGGCUUAGGAAAAAGCGCAUCAACAGAGGGGGAUGUGUUCAGCUACGGAGUACUUCUUUUAGAAUUCAUAACUGGGAAACGGCCAACAGACCAUUCUUUCCAGCAAGGAGCAGGGCUUCACGAAUGGAUCAAAAGCCAAUACCCACACAGCCUAGACCCUUUAGUCGACGACGCCAUGGAUAGAUACUGCAGGGCGGCGGAGGCGGUGACUGGGCGAAGACCUUGCAAGAGGCUGUGGCGGGAAGUGAUAGUGGAAGUUAUAGAAAUGGGGGUGAUGUGCACGCAGUUCUCGCCGUCGAUGAGACCCACCAUGGUCGACGUGGCUCAAGAAAUGACGCGUUUGAAGGAAUAUCUCUCGCAUUCUCUGUCGUCGGUUUAUACGCGGCGGCGAUGAUGUAAUUAUUAACGGUGGUUGUUGAUCCAUUUGUUUUCCGACAUGGUUUCAUCAACUGAAAUUUUUGUAGUUUUCUUUUUUUU